AUGGAGGCAACGGUCGUGAGCGUUGGCAAGGCCGUGCUGGAUGGAGUUCUUGGCUGCGCGCAAUCCACCGUUGUGGAGGAGAUGAGGCAGCAGCUCGGCAUCGAGCGCGACGUGGGCUUUAUCACCGACGAGCUGGAGAUGAUGCAGUCCUUCCUGACGGCAGCUGAUGAGGAGCAAGACCCGAAGAAGGUGCCCACCACCUUGGUCAAGCAGGUCCGGGAUCUGGCCUACAAUGUCGAGGACAGCCUCAUGGAUUUCAAGGUUUAUUCAGAGGUGCAAAAGUCUUCUUGGUGUUGCUUCGCCCGCAACCUGCAUGACCGCCAUCGCAUCGCCAUGGAGUUGAAGGAGCUCAGGGACAAGGUAGAGGAAGUGAGCAGAAGGAAUCAUUGGUACCACAUUAUCAGCGACGACUCCAAGCAUGGGGCUGAACAGGGCAGGAUGUGGGGCAUUGACAAGGCUUGGCAUGAGACUGUGGAGGAUGUAAAAUCACCGGUGGACCUUGCUCAGCUGAUCAACAGCGUGGAGAUGGAACUUAGGGUGAUCGCGGUGUGGGGGUCAAGUGGUGAAUUCGGUAAGACAACCGAGGUCAGGAAGGCCUAUGAUGACCCGAAGGUAAAAGCCAAGUUUGAAUUUCGUGCUUGGGUAAGACUGAUGCGCCCUUUCAAUCCAUAUGAAUUCAUCGAGAGCCUUGUGAGGCAGUUUUAUGUUAAUUCUUAUCAAAAGACUAGUAAGGCUCAAGAAGGAACAACUGUUGGCGCAAACAUUUUGCUGACGAUGGAGAACAUAACACAAAGUGAUUUGGUCCAUGUGUUGAAUGAACUAGUGAAUACCAAGAGCUACCUGAUAGUGAUCAAUGACCUCUCAACGAUAGAGGAGUGGGAUUUCAUCAGAACUUACUUUCCUGACAAGAAGAUGAGAAGCAGAAUUGUCGUCAACACUCAAGAAUUUGAAGUUGCAUGCCUAUGCACGGAGCAGCCAUACCAAAUGUCAGAACUAAAGCAAUUGUCGCCAGAUCAAACUCUCUACCUGAUCCACAAGAAGAUACAGAUGUGGUAUUCAGUGAUGCCCACUACCUUAACAAUUGAAAAGAAGCUUGGUCGGUCUCUGUCCAAGACGAGGUCAGUAACCCCUGAAGACAUUGUUGUCGGGCGAUCGACAGAGAAACAAAAGCUUAAUCAUUUACUUGGUCAGCCAGAUGACGACAGUCAGGGCUGCAAGGUGAUCUCUGUUUGGGGAAUGGGUGGUAUUGGGAAAACUACUCUUGUCAGAAGCGUCUACCAAAGCCAACAACUUGGUGGCUGGAAGCGUGCUUGGGCAACUGCAUCGCGCUUUUUCAACAGUGAUGCACUCCUUUGGAAUCUAGCCUUGCAGCUUCAGACAAAUAUUGAAGAACAAGACUCAACUAGAGCUGACUCAGUGAAACUGAAGAAGGAUAUUAGAGAAAUGGGACACCAAGAGAUGACUAGUGAAUUAUCUAGACUUCUUGGGACUCAAAACUGCCUCAUUGUUCUUGAUGACCUAUCAACCACCGAAGAAUGGGACUCCAUUAAAAGUAUAUUGCUGAAAUCUAAAAGGGUGAUAGUCACCACAAGGGAAAAAUCUGUUGCGGAACAUUGUUCUGAGGACGAACACAAUAUCUACAAUCUUGUUGGCAUAGAAGAUGACGCUGCACUUGACCUCUUAAAAACAAAGGUCCUUAUAUAUAUCUUUUAA